AGUUGGGCCGAGCUGCCGAAAGGUCUGGUCGCAGAGACAGGAACGCGUAAUCCUCAGCGUGCUCCAUCCUGACGGCAUCCUUCCACGGCUCGGCAGGGCAGCGAGCCUCUGGCCGCCAGCCCCUCUGCUCCGCGGAAAAGCCUGAUGAAGUCCUCCGAUAUCGAUCAGGAUUUAUUUACAGACAGUUAUUGCAAGGUGUGCAGUGCACAGCUGAUAUCUGAAUCUCAACGUGUGGCUCAUUACGAGAGUCGAAAACAUGCAAGCAAAGUCCGACUGUAUUACAUGCUUCACCCCAGGGAUGGUGGGUGUCCUGCCAAGAGGCUCCGGUCAGAAAAUGGAAGUGACGCCGAUAUGGUGGAUAAGAAUAAAUGCUGUACACUCUGUAACAUGUCCUUUACCUCGGCAGUGGUGGCUGACUCACAUUAUCAAGGCAAAAUCCAUGCCAAAAGGUUAAAACUGUUGCUAGGAGAGAAAACCCCACUAAAGACCACAGCAACACCCCUGAACUCACUUAAGCCUCCAAGGGUGGACACUGCUCCAGUGGUUGCAUCUCCCUAUCAAAGAAGAGAUUCAGACAGAUACUGUGGGCUCUGUGCAGCCUGGUUUAACAAUCCUCUCAUGGCCCAGCAACAUUAUGAUGGCAAGAAACACAAAAAGAAUGCAGCAAGAGUUGCUUUAUUAGAACAACUUGGGACAACUCUGGAUAUGGGGGAACUAAGAGGUCUGAGGCGCAAUUACAGAUGUACCAUCUGCAGUGUCUCUCUAAACUCCAUAGAACAGUAUCAUGCCCACCUGAAAGGAUCCAAACACCAGACCAACCUGAAGAAUAAGUAGUGAAAACAUCAAUCAAGAGAUGAGAAAAAAAAUGUCAGGAUUUCUCUCCGUGGAGAAUUGCUUAUCAACCACCAGAGGAGGAUUCUUCCUUGAACAAUGAACAUUUCUUAUGAGGAUUCACAGAUUAACAUAUGACUAAUCUUAGUUUUGGAGAGUGAAUGAGCUUUCUUGCUUUCUUUCUUUCUUUUAAUUUUGUGGUAAGUUAUGAUAUUUGGAUGGAUUUUUUAAUUCUUUCCUGAUGAUCUAUUUAGCACAUAUUCUAAAUUAUAAUCCUACAGCAAACAGUGAGAACAUCAUUCAGACUUAAAGACAGUGGGAAGAUCUAAAUUUCCAAUUUAUCCUAGAUUUCUUCAACAUAUAAUUAUUCCAUUAAAUCCUUGAUGAUUGAGAUGUAAAGCACCUUUAUCAAGAAAUACACAUUAUUUUUUCAUCAUG